ACAAACAUUUCAUUUAAGUGAAAUGUGCCAUUCAGAACCUGUGCUGCUUUUGUUUUGAUUGUAGACAUUAUUUUGAGAAAGUUCAUCUCAAGUACCUAUAGAAUAAAUUAGUAAGCUUCACGUGUCGUAUUUAUAAUUGCAAAAACGAUUAGUGGCAAUUAUUUUAUGAAGAAAAUUGGUUUCACAUAUUACUCCUAUCACUGCUCUUAAAAAAUGUUGUCAAUAUUAAUUAUAUUCAAAAACAUUUGGUCUUUAAGUAUAGUAAUUGGCAUAAUUUUCCGUGAGAUUCUAUAGUUUCAAGUAUCACCAAUAUUGUAGGGAAAUAGAGUACGGUAGAAAUCUUAAACCAUUGGAGAUAUUUUAUUCGAAUCAGUGGAUGUUUAGCCAAAAUAUCAGUUAUAAUAUUGCAGAGUAAUAAUGGGUUGUAUGUUGGACUUUCAAUUAUUGAAUAUUGAUUUCAAUAUUCAUGACAGUAAUUUUGAAGUUGAAGAACGUUGGUGGUUGAAAAGUUGAAAAAUUAUGGAGUUAUCAUCAAAAAUGGAUCAGUCAGUAUUUGCAAUUUUAUCGAAUGGUAUUUGACCAGUAAUGAGAGGGAAUAAACACUUCGAAAGGUUCAAAGGAUACGGUAUGGAUUUGGAAAUGAGUAGGAAUGAGUUUACAAGAUGUUGAUUACUGAUGAAUAUAUGUGACCCGGGAGGAUAAAUUUGGAAAAUGCGGAUCUCCAGCUGCACACUGGUGUUCCUAGUAACUGUUUUGUCUUGUUCAAUGGCGGGAGAGUGGGACGUCUAUGAGAAGUUCUAUACUAGAAUGAUGAGCACAGAGGGGGACACAUACAGUUUCAUAGUCAACGCUAUUUUCAAUGGGGCAAAACAUAUGGCCACCGAUUAUCUGUUGCCCAAUCAUCAAGAGUUCAAUAAAUGUUUCAUGGAUCUGGGGAAGUUUCGAGAGGCGUACCAGAAGAAGGAGUUGUGGGCUUUGAAAAUGCUUGAUGCCUCAGCCAAAUUUCCGUCGGGCUUCCUGAAGGGCAACCUAGUCGAUCUGGGCAAUUUCAAAGAGUGCAUAAAUAUUGACAACAAAAAUUUGGAUAUCGUAGGCAAAAACUGUUUCGUUUUCUUUGAAACGUUGGCCAAGAACAAGCCGUGGGUCUCGAACAUGGUGACGGUUGAGAGCUCAGUGUGUGUCCCGGCCAGCUGUGAGGCGAUGCACUUGCAAACCAUUCUGUAUCGGUCGCUCAAUUCCAGAGGACUCUUGCCGUAUGUGGGCUAUUGCCAGACCAAGGACAGUCUCAAGCCGCAGUAUGCUACUUUGGACAUCAUCAUACUAACAUCGUUUAGUAUCUUGGGUGCUAUCUUAUUUAUUGGCACUAGUUACGAUAUUCUACUCCAUAUUUUACCCCAAGACACCAGCGAGCAUGUUCCAUUGAUUGAAAAUGGAAAAGACAUUGAAGAAAGAUCAAAACUUCACAGAUCGAUUCUGUCAUUUUCACUGUUGGCCAAUACUGCAGAUCUUUUUAAAACUGAUACAGCAGCCAAAUCUAUAAAAUGUCUCUAUGGUCUCAGAUUUCUAAGCGCCUGUUUUAUCAUUUCAAUUCAUCGGAUGAUUUUAGACCCUCAACCGUUAUCUAAUUCGUUUUCAAUUGAAUUGGAAAUAAGAAAAUGGUACAGGGCAUUACAAAUGAAUGCAUAUUUAUUCGUGGAUUUAUUUUUUGUUAUGAGUGGCCUGCUCAUAUCCUACAAAUAUUCUAGUAGUAUGAGAGGGAAACUUAAGCUUUUCUACUACUUUAUCCACCGAUAUAUCAGACUAACACCACCGUUACUCGUUUGUGUUAUGUUGGAGUUGAUAUCACCGAUAUUUUGUGAUGGACCGUAUUGUGAGCCAUUCAUUCAAAGGGCAAAACAGCGCUGCUUGGACAAUGCUAUUUAUACAUUGACCUACAUAAACAAUUUUAUCAAUCCAUCACAUAAGUGCCUCCUGCAUAGUUGGUACUUAUCUGCUGACAUGCAAAUGUACUUUCUGGCUCCAAUAUUAAUUUUAUUCUUGAAAAAGUGGAGGAGAUCGAUUCCAUUUAUUUUGCUGUCUUGUUUGGCUGCCAGUAUGUUGUCUAUCUUCAUAAUAAGCUAUAUUAAUGAACUGGAUGCUGGUUAUAUAGGAAAAAAUGAUUUCUAUGAAUUGGAUAGUAAGCUUGUGUACGAGCCGUUCUAUACGAGGGCUGGACCAUGGAUAAUUGGCUUUUCUCUUGGAAUUAUUCUUCAAAGUUUCAAUAAGGAGCCAUAUCGAUUGAAGAAGAAAACAGUAACAUUGGGUUGGAUUGUGGCCAUAAUUUGUCUGCUAGUCGCUGUGUUUGGAGUCUAUCCGUUUGUGCAACGUGGAUAUGUGCAUGAUCAUAUCUCUGACAGUCUUUACAAGGCAUUUCAUCGCAAUCUAUUUGGUCUUGGCUGUGCUUGGAUAAUCUAUGUUUGCUACACUGGUCAAAGUGAAUUGCUGAACCAGAUUCUGUCAUCAUCAUCACUGCAACCUCUGGGAAAAGUUUCUUACUGCCUCUACGUCAUUCAUCCGUUCGUUCAAAUGCUGCAAUACAGGAGCGUAUCAAGCAGCAGAAAAUACUCAGAUCUCCUACAGGGAUCUCUGGUAAUCGGGGACAUUUGUUACUCGGUCGUGUUUGCCAUUAUUCUGCAUUUGACAGUUGAAGCGCCCACUUUGAAAUUGGAAAAUAUAUUUCUAGCUAACCUGAGAGACAAUUCGAAAACAAAAGAGGAGGAAAGACUGGAAAUGUUCAAGAGUAAUAGUGACGAAAAAGGACAGGUAUGAGAAAGUUAUCAGUGAGAUAUAGUUAGUGAUAUUGUCAAUGAGAUAAGCAGUGGAUUGAGUGGUCAAAUAAAUAGAUAUAAGUAGUCCAAUGAAUAGAUUAGAAGCCUAGUGAGGUCCAAUUUAUAAUCGCUAAUGCGGCAGUAUUUGACCAUGAUGGUGUUGCUAUCGAUCAUUUGACAAAUCAGAAAGCGCUGUCCUUCUCUAUCUCCGCAACGCUGCCUGAUAGUUUCUUUAAAAAAUGUAUAAAUAUAAUUAAUCAAAAUUGCUUUUAUUUCAUUUCCAAAUUCCACGAUCACUUCACUGGCGCCAGACAAUCGACUCCAACACUAAUGUUUCAUUAGUUUAAUUAGAUUUAUUAGGAAAACUGAUUUUUUGCAACUAUUUGACAAAUCCUCAUACCCCUUCCAUAGGAGGUCACUGGAUGAAAUUUAUUACAUGAAAAAAAAUUGGGAAUGAAUACGAAUCAAUUGAUAUAUGAAAAUGUAUUAUUAAAUCGUUGAAAAAUACAUUUCUUGACGAAUAAAAUAUAAUUGAUUAUCUUUCACAAGAUUGAACAGUUAAUAUUACAUCAAAUAUACUGGUAUCAGCUAUAGGAAGCUGUGGCAAGGCAGAGAAUCAACCACUCUGUUCUCAUAUCUUUCUCCACUACCAUUAUAAGGUGGACCAGUCUGCCUAGUGGAUGAUCAUAAGAAUUGAUCAAGUGACUUGCAUGGAAAUAAAUUCUAUUAAUUUUGUUGAAUGAGGAAUUUCAAUGAAAUUUUUAAUUUAUCUCAUUGAAAAUGUUGAUUUUUGAAGUAGAUAUUGUGGUUGUGCAUGAAAAAGUUCAUUUAUUCGAAAAUAUCACUUUGAUGUAUAAUAGGCCUUGGUGUUCUAGUGCAUGUGAUAUUAAUUUGUUGGAACAAAAUUCAUAUAGCAUGUAUUGUUUGUUGUUCAUCCACUACUCACACUCACAAUGAUCCACCUUUAUAUAAGUCGAUCAUGGAAAAUAAUCAAUCACAAUUCCGUCAUAAAUUGUCUUUUCAGUGAUAAUAAAUUCACUAUCAUUACUUGUCUACAGAAUCAUGCUGUUUGUCUGACCCUUUUGUUUUAUCUUAUUAUUAUCUACACCAAAUACAUAUCAAAAUAUCGUUCUUCAUCACUCUCCAUUCUUUUCUUCUCCUUAUUCUUCCGAAUUUAUUUUUGGUCUCCAUUACAUAAAUCAUUCCAAGUCUAGUCAUUAUGAUUAACCCCAUUAACUUAAUAUCAUUGAUUAAUCACAGUUUUUUUAUUUAGACAUUUUUAAUUGAUUUUUGUUAUAUUCUUGUUAUGUAGAUUUUAGAGUCUUAUUUAUUGUAACAUGUAUUUACAUUACAUCAUGUAGAUCAUAGAAAAAUCUUUCAUUGACAUGUAUUUUCUAUCGAUUAUAAAUGUAGGAGAUAAAUUAUUUAUUUCAAA